AUGCACACGUGUUUUCGGCGCAUCAUGGAGAUUUCGACCAUGACGCUCUCGGCGUACCUUGUCGGGCUGGUGAUCAUCGUCGGCAGCACGCUCGUGCCGUUUCUGCAGUCGCCGUCGCCGCCGCAGCCGGUCAUAACGGUGUUCAACAUCUCCAACUCGCAGCUGCUGCAGAUACCGGUCCCCGCCAUCUUCGCGCAGGGCGAGAAUCCGCCGCCGGUGCACGACCACCUGUUCGUUGCCUUCACGAUGCGGGCGAACUUCGCGCCGGUGUGGGACUGGAACACGAAGGGCGUCUACGUGUCGUGCAUUGGCCGCUACCGCACCGACCGGUACGUAGUGAAUGAGGUGACGCUCUACGACGAGGUGAUCAAAGACAGCGAGACGGCGGCGCGGUGGGCGAUCGAUGAUGCGCGGAAGUACCCGCUGGAGGAUGCGCACUUCGGCACGCUUGCGGGGGUGCGGGUGCAGUUAGUGGUGCGCUACCAGGUGCUGCGGUACUUCGGCUACUCGCCCAUCCACGAGGUGUCGCCGAUGGGGCAGACGAGCGUGGCGUUCGAGGUGCCGAGCAAGUACACCACGAUUCGGCGCAACGAUUGA